UUCUCUACUUUGUGAAUUAUAGUUUUUCUGCUUAACUCUUGUAAACUUCUAGGUUUAGCGAAACUGAGUGUAUUUCUUUGGUAACAAACGCAUUGCGUAAUUAUUAAUAAAAAGAAUACAUAGUUGAGAUGUACCCGGAAGUAUGGUCCACCGGCACACUGGAUGAUAGUUAAUUGUGCGUAACCGUCUUUGUUAUACUCCACGAACCGUUUUGUCAACUGGUGUUCCGUGUUGGGGUACUUUAAUAGGAGUGAAUUUUAGAGAUGUCCAAAUUUCUUCAUGAGUCUUACCUACCAACAGAUGGAGAGAAUGAGAUGCCAAAGCCUGAUUACAGAAAGAAGAAAAAGUGGGGUAUUAUGGUGACCGCUAUCACUGGUGGAAUUCUGGUGGCAUUGUAUGCUGUGGCCAUGCCAUUUGUAGCUCCUGCUCUAAGGAAGCUGUGCCUGCCAUUUGUGCCUGCAACUCCAGUACAAGUUGGAAAUGUUAUGAAAAUGCUGCGUGCUCGAACUGGAAGUGUUGUUGACAUCGGCAGUGGUGAUGGACGAAUUGUGAUUGCUGCUGCCAAACAAGGAUUCCAAGCUGCAGGGUAUGAACUUAACCCAUGGCUUGUUUGGUAUUCCAGAUAUUGGGCUUGGAGAGAAGGUGUCCGCCACAAUGCCAAAUUUUACAUCUCUGAUUUGUGGAAGGUCAGUUUUGCAGAAUACAAUAAUGUUGUUGUAUUUGGAGUUCCUCAGAUGAUGCCAGAAUUAGAGAAGAAGCUGCAGAAGGAGCUGGCUGAUGGUUCCCAAGUAAUUGCAUGCCGUUUCCCUUUCCCACACUGGAUACCUGAUCACACAGUUGGUGAAGGAAUUGAUACUGUGUGGGCAUAUACUACCAUAUCAGAACAAAACCUGAAGAAAAGCGGUUUAGAAGUUCCACAAGAGUCUUUCAGCUCCUAGUUCUUGUUCUUUUUUUUUUUUUUUUGUAUUUGAGACGUUUACACUAUUUGCAAAUAUACUAUUGAGGAUGCCUUUGCCUGGCAGUAGCAACUUCAAAAAGAGAUAAUUCAUUGGGCUAAAAUGCUGCAAGCUUGAACCACCAUCUUUUUUUUUUAACAAAACUGAAGCAUUCUGAUUUUUUUUGAUGGAAGCAGAGUCUGGAGAGAAAAACAACAUUAAACGGCUACUGUAAAAAGUGGCCACUGUUACCAGCAGAAAAACAUGGUUAUCUCCUGCAUGAAGAAACAAGAAAUCAUAUACUACUUUGGUUUAUGUGAAAUUAGCUUUUAAAGAAAUGAAGAAGGAAGACAGUGUGUGAAUCGGCUGUCUUAUCAGCUGUACAUUGUAAGAACUAACAAUACACUGUAAAAUAGUAAGGCAUUUUAAUCUCUAGACAGCAUCAGUAAUGCACAACAUUAUAAAAUCAAAAUACUGAAUGUAUUCUGAAGAGCUGUAGAGGAAGGUAGUGGUUACUGAUGGUGCUGUAUUUGUGCUCUAUCAGCUAACUUACUGCUUCUUUCAUCUAAUUCUUCAUAGCAUAUCUAUCUGUUCUGUAGACAUGGUUUAUUGUCUUCUUAGUAGUUUGGGUUGUCCCUUCUCCAUCUUUCUGCCUACCCACCUUAGAGUUGUCCCUCCUUUUAGUACUCUUUUUUUUCUUUCUAAUGUAGUUAGCCACAUGCUUAUCCACUAGCUUUUUUUCCACCCUGAAAUCAGAUUUAUUAAAUAACCCUUCCUCCCAUUCUACUAUUUAACUCUGGAUUCACUUUUUAUUUGAAGUAUCCAUCACCAAUUCAUAUGUAGUUAGUUUGUUAUUGAACCAUGAGGAUCUUGUCAUGCUUAGCCUUACAUUCCCACCGUAGUUUUUAGCCCUUGCAUUUUCUGUACAAAUAACCCAGAGAGGGGCAAAACAAGGAUAUGUUGUGACAUUUGCAUGUUGUUUCUAUCCAUGAUAUGUCAAAAACUUAGCUAAAGCAUAUAGAUGACAGUGCUGUUUAUAGAACAGGCAGACCAAGAGAUACAACUGUAGAUAAAACUGCAUUUUUUAUUGCACAGUCCAUCCAAACCUUCUUACUGUCAUUCAAUACAUCUCUGGAGAAAUGCUUUACUAGUGAGCAGAUUUGUAAGUUAACUUUGGAUGGCCAUACACAAUUUUAUAUUGCCUCCAAAUACUUUUCUCCACUAUCAUCAUCUACCAGGAGUAUGUCCAAAUUUCCUUAACAGCUUUAAAACUGGUCUAGUAAACACACUUUUAUUCUUUGGAGAGUUGGUAAUCUAAAAUGUUGAGGUGGCAUUUGGCCUCAUUUAAUGGGGGAUUUAAUGGAUUGUCUGCCAUGGUAGCUGUUUGCUCAUGAGGUGAUUCCGUCAAAAAAGAAUCAGUUUUAUACCCAACUCUGUAACUUAGAGAGAUGAAGCAUUGACUAUGAACCAGAUCAGCUGAGAUGGAGUAGCAGCUCUGUCUGUGGAGAACUGGGUGAGGGAGGGUGGGAGUUAGUUGACAAUGUCAGCUCACCCAUCCUGUAGGAAAGGAUUGGUGGUUCCACUUGGCCUGUAUCAUCUAUGCAGGCAGAGUAGUGAAUAGAGACAUAGACUGAAGAUGUGAACUUAGUCCAGCCAAGCUCAUGAUGGUAGCCCAUUCGCUGCAGCUUAUGUUUGGAAGCUUACACAUGAUGGGGGAAGGUAUAACCUGACUUUCAUUGAUGAUCUAGGUGCUCAUUUCAGGACCUUAAGUUGAAAAGCCCUAAAAGUUGACCAUAUAACAACUCUGCAGUGGACUUCUUCCUGUAAGGAAAUGAAUAGGCUGGACCAGGAGCUAUUUUCACCCUGAGAGGAAUGAAUGGGCCAAGAGCUCAUAGCAAGCUGAUGGUCAUCAGACAGUGGGGAACCAAAAAAGUAACAUCCAUUGAACAGAAUGAACCAUGGCCAGUCACUAUAAACUGUCAUUUGCAGUAAUUGAAAUGUCUGCAAAAUGAAUCCUAUAAUUUAGAAAGCAGUUAUGGCUGCUAUAUUUUGAAUGAUUGUACUUGGAAUACAGCAGGGUAUGUCUUUGAAGUACAACAUGGCUGACUAAAAUGAGCAGUGAGAAGCUGUACAGUAGGCUGGCCCAUUGGCAGAGAGGUUUUGUUUCUGGCUGUGUUGCAGAUGAUUGGGGUUUAGUGACUAGGCCAGCUAGCUGGCAGUCCAGUACAGAGAAAGGCAGAACUGAGCACCUUAGGUGAGUUUCUUUUUGGAGGAGGCAGCACAUAUUUAUAUAUAUAAAUAUAUAUAUA